GCCCACCCACGAGGGCUCUGCGGUUCUACGUCUCGGCCGGGAUGAACUGUGGCAACUUCAGCAGCCCCCACCGCAGCUCCGAGACAGAGGCUGUGACAGUUGCGAGGCCAGCUCGCCAAGGUUGGAGCGCGUGAAGCGGCUAGGGAGCCUAGAGCCCCCGGCUCCUCCCUUUUAGCCCCCGUCCCGGGACUCCAGCUUGGGUGCUCCGGGUAGUUGCGGCUGCUGCACCUUGCAGUUUCACCGGCAAAGAAGGAGAACCCGAUCCCAGAGCGGAGCGCAACCUGACGGAGUGGCCGAGCCGGGUGCUCCGCCCCAGCUCGAAGGCUAGCGCCCCCGCAGCUGGGGCUGGGGCCUGAGCCUCGCACUGUCGCCGCCCGCCGUGGGGGGCGGGGUGGGGGCGGGGCGGCUGGGGCGCCGUCCUGGGCGCGAUCCCUGAGCGCAGCACCCGGCGCUGCCGAGCCACCUCCCCUGCCGCCCGCUAGCAAGUUUGGCGGCUCUGAACCCUGCGCGCCUCCAGAUCCAGUCGCAUUUCUUUCCUCCUGGCUUCCGCGAGCCCCGUUUGGCCGGGACCCUCGGGAGCGAUGCCGAUGGAGGUGAUUUUAGUUGUAUGGUUCUGUGUGUGCACCGCCAGGACAGUGCUGGGCUCUGGGAUGGACCCUGACCUCCAGAUGGAUAUCAUCACUGAGCUUGACCUCAUGAACACGACCCUCGGCGUCACGCAGGUGCCUGGACUGCACAACGCCAGCAAAGCGUUCCUAUUUCAAGAUACCGAGAGAGAGAUCCAUGCAGCCCCCCACGUGAGUGAGAAAUUAAUCCAGCUCUUCCGGAACAAGAGCGACUUCACGUUUUUGGCCACGGUACAGCAAAAGCCGUCAACUUCAGGAGUGAUACUGUCCAUUCGCGAACUGGAACACAGCUAUUUUGAACUGGAGAGCAGUGGUCUGAGGGACGAGAUUCGGUAUCAUUAUAUACAUGACGGGAAGCCCAGGACAGAGGCGCUUCCCUACCGGAUGGCAGACGGGCGGUGGCACAAGGUCGCACUGUCAGUCAGCGCCUCUCACCUCCUCCUCCACGUUGACUGCAACAGGAUUUAUGAACGCAUCAUAGACCUUCCUGAGACCAACCUUCCCCCAGGAAGCAAUUUGUGGCUUGGUCAGCGCAACCCAAAGCAUGGCUUAUUCAAAGGCAUCAUCCAAGAUGGGAAAAUCAUCUUUAUGCCGAAUGGAUACAUAACACAGUGUCCGAACCUGAAUCGCACUUGCCCAACCUGUAGUGAUUUCUUAAGCCUGGUGCAAGGAAUCAUGGAUUUACAAGAGCUUUUGGCCAAGAUGACUGCAAAACUAAACUAUGCCGAGACAAGACUUAGUCAAUUGGAAAACUGUCAUUGCGAGAAGACUUGUCAAGUGAGCGGACUGCUUUACAGAGACCAAGACUCCUGGGUUGAUGGUGAUCACUGCAGGAACUGCACGUGCAAAAGUGGAGCUGUGGAAUGCCGGAGGAUAUCCUGUCCCCCUCUCAGUUGCUCCCCAGACUCCCUCCCUGUGCACAUUGCUGGCCAGUGCUGUAAGGUCUGCCGGCCAAAAUGUAUCUAUGGAGGAAAAGUCCUUGCGGAAGGCCAGAGGAUUUUAACCAAGAGCUGUCGGGAAUGCCGGGGUGGAGUUUUAGUAAAAAUUACGGAAGCGUGUCCCCCUUUGAACUGCUCAGAAAAGGACCACAUUCUCCCAGAGAAUCAGUGCUGUAGGGUCUGCAGAGGUCAUAACUUUUGUGCAGAAGGACCCAAAUGUGGUGAAAACUCAGAGUGCAAAAACUGGAAUACAAAAGCUACCUGUGAGUGCAAGAAUGGUUACAUCUCUGUCCAGGGAGACUCCGCCUACUGUGAAGAUAUCGAUGAGUGCGCAGCUAAGAUGCAUUACUGCCAUGCCAACACUGUGUGUGUCAACCUGCCGGGCUCGUAUCGCUGUGACUGCGUCCCAGGACACAUUCGUGUGGAUGACUUCUCUUGUACAGAGCACGACGAGUGUGGUGGUGGGCAGCACAACUGUGAUGAGAAUGCCAUCUGCACCAACACUGUCCGUGGGCACAGCUGCACCUGCAAACCGGGCUACGUGGGGAACGGGACCAUCUGCAGAGCGUUCUGUGAAGAGGGCUGCAGAUACGGUGGAACGUGCGUGGCGCCUAACAAAUGUGUCUGUCCUUCGGGAUUCACAGGAAGCCACUGCGAGAAAGAUAUUGAUGAAUGUACAGAGGGAAUCAUUGAGUGCCACCACCACUCCCGCUGCGUUAACCUGCCAGGGUGGUACCACUGUGAGUGCAGAAGCGGUUUCCAUGACGAUGGGACCUAUUCACUGUCCGGGGAGUCCUGUAUUGACAUCGAUGAAUGUGCCUUACGAACACAUACCUGCUGGAACGAUUCUGCCUGUAUCAACUUGGCAGGGGGCUUUGACUGCCUCUGUCCCGCUGGGCCCUCCUGCUCUGGGGACUGCCCCCAUGAAGGAGGACUGAAGCGCAAUGGGCAGGUGUGGACCCUGAAAGAAGACAGGUGUUCUGUCUGUUCCUGCAAGGAUGGGAAGAUAUUCUGCCGACGGACAGCCUGUGAUUGCCAGAAUCCGAGUGCUGACCUUUUCUGUUGCCCAGAGUGUGACACCAGGGUCACAAGUCAGUGUUUAGAUCAAAAUGGACAUAAGCUCUAUCGAAGUGGAGACAACUGGACUCACAGCUGCCAGCAGUGCCGGUGUCUGGAAGGAGAGGUAGAUUGCUGGCCCCUCACAUGCCCCAAUUUGAGCUGUGAGUACACAGCCCUCUUGGAAGGGGAGUGUUGUCCCCGCUGUGUCAGUGACCCCUGCCUGGCUGAUAACAUCACCUUCGACAUCAGGAAAACCUGCCUGGACAGCUAUGGUGUCUCAAGGCUUAGCGGCUCAGUGUGGACAAUGGCUGGAUCUCCCUGCACAACCUGCAAAUGCAAGAAUGGAAGCAUCUGCUGUUCUGUGGACUUGGAGUGUCUUCAUAAUAACUGAAGUAUUUAAAAUGGACUCAUCAUCGUGGGAGAAGAAUGGACAAAAUGACCAUCCAAUGUGAUGAAGAAUGGGAGUUAUUUUUUCUUUUUUUAUUUACCACAGACAAUUACCAAAGUCUCCAUCUAAGGACGGGGUUUGGGGGUUGCCUUUUGGACCUACCACUUUGCUCAUUCUUGCUAACUAGUCUAGGUGACCUACAGUGCAGUGCAUUCGAGUCUAUGGUUGUUAAAAGCAGUUUCCCCGUGUUGUAAAUCAUGUUUCCCUAAUCACAUCAUUUGCAAAUACAUUUAAAUGAUCUCAUGGUAAAGGUUGAUGUAUUUUUUUGGUUGAUUUUGUGUACUAACAUAACAGAGACUCAGCUCCAUUUAUUUAUUUUUCCUUAAUCUUUGGAUCAAAUUCACCAAAUAAAGUUGCCUGUUGUGAUCUUGUCCCAUCCACUGCAUACUUAGUAUUGAAACCCCUGUGAAAGGUAUUGGUGAACAUAGGUAUGUGGAGUCUAAGUGUAUGAUACUAAUAUUACAAACUAUUCAGCAUACUUAGAUGCCCAUUCAGCCAAAAUCAGCUGAAAGUAAUUAGAUAAAGAGAGGAGAAGCACCACAACCAUAAUUAAGUGAUUACAUAACUAUUUUAAAAAGAAUUUCCUAUGCUCUCUACCAGGCAAAGUAAAACAAAAUCUUAAGUCACCAUCUAAGAACAGCAAUGCUUACAUCUUUCCUGGCAUUGAAAGAGAAAGUAUCUUUGCAUGAGUUUUAUAUAAUAUUUGACAAAUUCCAAGGGGCUUUCAUACCUAUUAAUACAAGUUAUCAUUAUAGCUCAGGAGAAUGGUACUAUUCCUACAUUAUAAAAGAGUAAAUUAAUAUGUCCUGGUCAGCCAAUUUGUUCAGAUCUAGUUGAUUGUUAGCACCUUGGGACUGGUAACCUCAUGUUGCCUAAUGCCUACCCAGUGCUAUUUUACACUAAAUCACACAACCUCUAUGUGGUAGAUGGUAAAUGACACUUUUAAGAAAAGCUACUUAGGAAGCUGACAUAAGAAUCAUGACAGAGUGAGAAGACUAUUGUUUUUCCUCUUAAAUUUAUAAGUUGGAAUAUAAUUCAAUAAGGGUCCCCUACUUAACACACAACACACCUGGAAGAUCUCUGCAUGAAGACAUUGGCAGGAGGCAUAUUGGAACAGUUAGGGAGGCAGGACAAAGUGAUGGACAGAGAAGGUGCUGCAGAUGCUGUGGAGCAGCCUCUGUGGCUCCAGCGAGUGCAGGAGAGGAGUCGGGCUGCAGCCCUCACACUACAACCUGGAGGGCAGAGGGGGAAAAGCAGGUUCUAUCUCAGAAAAGGUAUCUGGCUUCUCACAUCUCCACCAUGGCAGCAGUGGCUAGAAAGCUGUAAACAAAGUGGAAGAGCUGAAAGCCAUAAAUGGAAGGGAUGGAGCCAAGAUAUCACAAAUUUCCCUUCUAGUCCCCCAAAUGCCCUUGCAGAGACCUGUACACCCAAAAACAGCAGGAAAAGAAAGGAGCUUUGAGAGCUCCCAAAACUAGUUCUCCAACACCCGCCACAUUGUCCCACCACAGUGAUGGUGACCCACAAAGGAGGCAGGCUGGUCUCAGUAGCAGUACACGCUGCACCAGUGGGUACAGCAUUUGCUGUGAUGCAGGUAGGAGAAAACAAAAACUUGUACUGUUACAGCACCUAUUGGGAAACAAAAGGAAAUACCUUACCUAUCACCCUGCUGAAUUAUUGAGAGUAAGAGUUAAACAAGAAAAGAGAGCACUACCUCAAAUGUGCUGACAGAGAAACAUCCAUCAAAUAAUACCAGGAACAACCAAAAUAACUUGGGAGUACAGAAAGAAAAUGAAACGUUUUGAGAAACCAAAUUGAAAGUCAUGGAAAACCGUGAUUUCAGUGGCAGCAUUCAAGAUUGCAGUUAUGAAGAAACUCAGUGAUAUACAAGAACCAUAGAGAGCCAGGUCAAUGAGCUCAGGAACAAAAGGAGUGCAUUAUCCAAAAGACUGAAACAUAAAAAAAGAAACAGACUCUGGCAUUGUAGAAUUCAAUAAAUGAGAGGAGGAAUGCACUGGCAAUGGAGCAGUCCAGAUGAAAAAGAGAAUUAGUGAACUCAGAUAGAAACCUAGAAAUGAACCAUGAGGAGAAGGAGAGUGAACUAAGAGUUAAAAAAAAAAAGUUAAAGGACUCCACAGGAAGUACAUUAAAAAGAGCAACCUACAGAUAGUAGGUAAAUGAGAAGGAAAAGACGGGGAUAAGAGAAUGGGGAGCAUGCUCAAGGGAAAAUUGAUGAGAACUUCCCAAGCCUAGGGGAAGCAUCAAACUCAAGAAUAAAGGAAUCUAACAGAACACCUAAUGAUAUCAAUGCAAAAAGACCUCUAUUGACAUGUUAUUCAAACUCAAAAAUGAAUGGCAAAAAAUUCUCAGGGUGGCAAUUGGGGAAAAAAAAGACUGUAACCUACCACAGAAACUACAUUAGAUUGUCAUUAGCUUUCCCAGGAGAAAGUUUACAAGACAGGAAAGAAUGGAAUGAAAUAUACAAAAUAUUCAGAGAGGAACCAUAAGCCAAGAAUAAUAUGUAUCCAGCAAAGUCAUCCUUUGAAUAUGAAAGAGAAAUAAAUACUUUCCUGGACAAACUAAGCAGAAAGAAUUUGCUACUGUGACACUUCCAUUACAGGAAAUGUUGAAAGGAGCUCUUUUACCAGAAACAGAAAGAAAAAAUUAUACAAAACUUUGGGUAAGUUAAGAGAAGACAGAAGCAGGAAACUGCACAGCUACUUCAGCAUAGGUUAUUAAACACUUUGUUAUAAAGUUUGAAGGGGAGAAAGGGGGAAUUAUGAAUAACUAUAACUAUUGUAAUUUGCUAAGGAAUACACAAAAUAAGAAAGGAUAU